AUGGCAAUUACAGUAGGCGAACUGCUGAAUGGAGUUGCCUCGAGGCUCAUCUACGGUACUUUUCCUUAACUUUCUGAUCUAACAUGUGUAACCAUUUCAGAAGGAUCUCCGUGUGAUAGCCAUCCGUGUUGGAAUGAGGGAAAGUGUUUUCUGAACGGGUCCUCAAACUUUUACUGUGAAUGCCCGCCGGCUUUUAUUGGUCCACAAUGUGAAUAUCGGGUAACAAACUAGAAAUUUCGAUUUAGACAGAUUUCUGGAUUAUAAUAAAUUUUUCAGCUCUUUGAAAUCUGCAAAUCUGUGCGUUGUCGAGCUGCAAAAUCGACAAUAUGUGAAGCCGGUGGAUUUCUCGCGAAUUGCUCGCUCGUUAAUCAGCAAGGUACGUCAAAAUUGUGA